AAAUACCUCUAUGCUUUCACAAAACAGUCUAAAAUACUUUUCCUUCAUCUGCAAGUUGUGCAACGAAAUUCCGAUGAUUUAUGACAAUUUCUUCUUUUUCUCUCAAUAUAUUUUUUAUCCAAAGAAUACUCAGGUCAGGCAAAAGCAUCGGGACACAAAGAUUUUUUGAAUUCGGUUCGUGACAAGAAGAGAUAAAAGUAGUUCUUUAAGCGUUCCGAUAUUGUUAUCCCAACUAAGAUAUAUGUGCUCAGUAUAUUAAAAAUUCUAAGGAGUGUCUUUUUUUUAUUAUAGAUAAAUACUUCGGAUCCAUUAACAUGGAAUGUAGACGAUGUUUCACUUUGGUUACACAAUUUUAUUUCGAAUGAUGAUAUAGUUAAUGAUUUUAAAACAGAUCAUCGUUUUUUUACCUUUUUAUUUCUCUAUCUUGGAUCUUUAAUGGCACAUAUUCAUCGUCAUCAUAAACAUCUACUUGAUCCUCUAUUCCAAGAACAAGAAGAUAGUGUAAUUAAUAAUGCUGAAAAUUUUUCAAUCGACCAGUCCUUAGCAUCAGCUGUUUAUUACACUACAAUCGAGAAUAACAUGCAAGAUCUUAUAUACGAAGAUGGUGACAUUGAUGCUGAUGAUGAUUGGCAAACAUCCGCAUCUACUUCCACCGUUUUUCAGCAACAUGAAAAAAUUACAUUUAAGACAAUUCAAAAACAAUACACACUCUUUUUACUCGAAAUGAGAGAACAACAUAUGUUACCACAAGGGGUAAUUCAAAAUAUUACAACAAGUAUCCUGAACUUAUUUGAUAUGACGAUCGAUCUUAUAGAAGAAAAAGCAAAAGAAGAAAAUAUUAAUGAACAACAAUCAUCAACAACAAUGAUAUCUACAAACAGCAUUAGAAAAACCAUCAAGCAAAUUGAAGAAUUAAUUACUUUCUCAACAAAAAAUGAAUAUCAAUUUAUUCAAUCUUGCAAAAAUUUCUUUGAUUAUACACCACCUAUUGAAAACCUUAUCUCAUCAAAAGGUGAAAAAAAAGAAUAUUCGUAUCAUGUAUCAAUUAAAGAUUCCUUGAAAAAGAUAUUAGAAAAAGAUGAAAUGAUACCGUUACUUAUAAAUAAUAUUCAAGAUCAAAAUAAAAUAAUGCAAGCUGAUUCCGAUUUAAUGUUUUCUUUUCGGCAUGGGAUAAGAGGCAAUAAAAUUAAUAAAAAAUCAUUCUUGAUUCAAUUAUACGUUGAUGGAAUCGGUGUAACAAAUCCAAUAGGGCCAAGAAAAGGUCUUCAUAAUAUUACUAUGGUCUAUUUUCUUUUGGAAGAUAUACCAGAUAUAUUUCGAUCAACAUUACAAUGUAUAAAUUUGGCAGCUAUUUGUUAUACGAAGUAUUUAAAUAAUAAUGAAAAAAUGAAAAA